UCACGUAGGCCACCUAUCGAUGACCGAGUUCUCAGCGCGCGUGUUUAUAUUUUUACAAAAAUAUAACCUGGAUAUUGUGAGCGUUUGGCAUAGCUUUUCAGCAACCUAAGAAGUAAUGGAAGACCUACUCCAAAACCCUGGCGUGGUCGUAGUGCGAGCAAAGCCCGAAGGACAGAGAAAAACUUUCAAACCGAACGUUCGAUCUUUGAAUAAAAUUCCUGACGAGUUAUUAAAUGAUCCUUUACUGAACAGAGCAUGUGAAGCGUUGCCUCAGAACUACAACUUCGAAAUCCAUAAGACUAUAUGGAGGAUAAGAUCGGUUGGUGCUAAAAGAGUGGCUCUUCAAUUGCCAGAAGGGUUAACGAUUUUCGCUACGACUUUGUGUGACAUCAUUGAGACAUUCACAGAGGCUGACACAUUAAUAAUGGGUGAUGUGACAUAUGGGGCGUGCUGCAUCGACGACUUCACCGCGGCCGCGCUCGGUGUCGACCUGCUCGUGCACUACGGACACUCCUGCCUCAUACCCAUUGACCAAACCACUGAUGUUAAGGUACUCUACAUAUUUGUGGACAUCAAGAUUGACCCGUCACACUUUAUAGACACAAUCAAAUUAAACUUCCCUAAAAGAUCACACCUAGCCAUAGUUAGCACAAUCCAGUUUGUCACUACUCUACAUGCCAUUGCUAAAACUCUUCGGUCAGAUGAAUACAUAGUGACAGUUCCACAAUGCAGACCACUUUCUCCGGGAGAAAUUCUAGGGUGCACUGCACCAAAAGUUGACUCAGAGUACAUAAUAUAUCUUGGUGAUGGGAGAUUCCACUUAGAAGCAAUUAUGAUAGCCAAUCCUAGUAUUCCAGCCUAUAAAUAUGAUCCUUAUGAAAAGAAAUUCACAUCAGAGUUAUAUGAGCAUAGCUUGAUGCAAGAAAACAGGCAGAAUCAAAUAAAAAUAGCAGAAGAUGCUGGUAACUUUGGUCUCAUUUUAGGGACUCUUGGGCGGCAAGGGAGUACAAAAGUUUUAAGCAAUCUAGAAAAGCAAAUUAAAAAUGUAGAUAAGAAAUAUGUAAAAAUCUUGUUAUCCGAGAUUUUUCCUAGUAAACUAUCCCUAUUUAACCUUGAUGCUUUUGUGCAAGUGGCAUGUCCGCGAUUGUCCAUAGAUUGGGGGACAGCGUUCCUGAGGCCCCUGUUGACUCCUUAUGAGUUUUCAGUGUCGCUAGGAAACAGUAAAUGGCUGAAAGAUGAUGGUACAUAUCCCAUGGAUUUCUAUUCGAAUGCCAGCUUGGGGCCGUGGACUCCGAAUUACAAGCCGGUGUUAUGCUCUGAAGGUGACAAGGUGUGUGAUAACUGCUGUGGUGGCAAAGGGAAAGAGAGGAAAUAGGAAAUAGUACAAAUCUUAGUACUUACGGCAGCC